GGUGGCCUACAAGCCCGGGAAAUUCAAACCCCUGAGCCGAUACGCUCGCGUUCUCGGCCAAUCAGGGAAGGAGGGUUUCCCUAUAAAUUCUCGGCUCCCAGGUUUUCUCCCCCGAUUUGCAUCCGUCCUCUCGGAGAGUGCUGCUGUCUGGCUGCUUGAGGAAGAGCGAUGGCGCGGACCAAGCAGACUGCCCGCAAGUCCACCGGAGGAAAAGCCCCCCGCAAGCAGCUGGCCACUAAGGCUGCUCGGAAAAGCGCCCCGGCCACGGGUGGGGUGAAGAAGCCCCAUCGCUAUCGCCCGGGCACCGUAGCCCUGCGGGAGAUCCGCCGCUAUCAGAAAUCGACAGAGCUCCUGAUCCGCAAACUGCCUUUUCAGCGCCUGGUAAGAGAAAUCGCCCAGGACUUCAAGACGGACCUGCGCUUCCAGAGCUCUGCCGUCAUGGCCUUGCAGGAGGCUAGCGAAGCUUACCUGGUGGGUCUCUUCGAAGAUACCAACCUGUGUGCCAUCCACGCCAAGAGGGUCACCAUUAUGCCGAAAGAUAUUCAGCUGGCACGCCGUAUCCGUGGGGAGAGGGACGGCUUGGAUAUUGGGCAGGACGCCGCCCUGGGCGAUGGUGACUUUGCCCAGCAGCUUGUUGAGCUCUUCGUCGUUGCGGAUGGCCAGCUGCAGGUGUCGGGGAAUGAUCCGGGUCUUCUUGUUGUCGCGAGCAGCGUUGCCGGCCAGCUCGAGGAUUUCGGCCGUCAGAACUUUAGGAUGUCGGGACGCGGCAAAGGCGGGAAGGGUCUUGGGAAAGGGGGUGCCAAGCGCCACCGCAAGGUGUUGCGCGAUAACAUCCAGGGCAUUACGAAGCCUGCUAUUCGCCGCUUGGCUCGUCGUGGAGGAGUCAAGCGCAUCUCUGGUCUGAUCUAUGAGGAGACCCGGGGCGUGCUGAAGGUUUUCCUGGAGAAUGUCAUCCGCGAUGCCGUGACUUACACGGAGCACGCUAAGAGGAAGACCGUGACGGCGAUGGAUGUGGUCUAUGCCUUGAAGCGCCAGGGCCGCACGCUGUACGGAUUCGGCGGCUAA